AUGUCUGGUCCCUCUUCUUCUUCUUCUGGACCCAGUGGAAAGGGAAAGGGUAGCGGAAAGCCCGUUCAGAGGAGGCGAACCUAUCUCGGCACUCUCGUGGCUACACCAUUACUACGGGUCGCAUUAGAUCCCGACGGGCAGAUUCCCAAGUCGACCUCGGAGACAUGCUUUGUGUACUGUCAUCAGACGCAUCUGGGUCGGAACAGACAGGAUGAGCCCAAAUGUCGCGCUUUCUGUUUCCGCAAUGUGCUGGAGCACGAGCUGGUCGACCGUACCCACCGAGACUGGCAGGGAUAUAACUACAACUAUCCCUCCAACCAUCCUGUCAAUAAUCGGAAACCGUUCGUUUGGCGACGGUCGGAUAAACUCCCACUUCCUUCGCAAACGUCUUUCCUAGAUCACCUUCGCUCCCCUGCCAGGCCACGAACCAUCCAGUCAAUGCAGUCGAAGGCUUCAGCGCCACCGACCACAUCACCGACAAACUCCGCCCCGCCGCCACAUCCACAGCCAGAGUCAAAGAAGGAGGCAAGGGUCUGGCGAGAGGGCCGUUACCUCUGGACUUCGAGGUCACGUCGAGACAUCAUGCGGCAUUUGUCCACGGAGAUGCGGAACCCUCUAGAUUGGCAGAGGAAUCAUUACAAUUGGGAGGCAGUAUGGCGCGCCGACGCCCGUUCAGGACGUGAUCCAUCUCUUGCGCCACUCAAUUACCCGCCCAUCUGGCGUUCAAUGAGCGAUUUGGAUCCCCGCGGCCAUCUAUUGGACCCCACUGCCACAAUGAUCAUCGCUCUUGAUGAUUGGUCAUACCUGCGGGAAGAAUUCGCCCGUACUAUGGGUCCCGUCUACGGUGCUGCAGCCGACCUCUACGCAAAGCAGGUCAUCGUGGUCAGGAGGAUGCAGGGCCUGUGGAAGGAGGAGGGCAAGGCCCGGCACAUCGUCUAUCAGGCUGUACCGCUUUGGAAGGAUGGAAACGUUGCGCGACACUCGCGAGGCCUCUACUCGACGUUGGUGGAGAUUAUUUCUGGAGACUGGCAGCGCGUGCGAUCGCGAGGACGGAGAUCAUGA